CUCAGAUGAUGUACAUCUUUGGAGCAAGAUAACAGAACUGUUGUACAAGGAUGAACGUUAUUGCCUGACGCCUCCGGGACCAACUGAAGCUGUUGGCUAUUUUCUUUAUCACUUGAUUGACAGCAUGAGUGACUCGGAGAUACAGGCCAAGGAGGAGCGUUUGAGACAAUACUUCCAUCAGCUGAAGAAGAUGAAUAUAGUUAUCCCUACAAUCCUCUACAGCGGCAUUUGCAGACUGCUGGACUCCUCUCAAGUUCCUGAAUUAACUAAGGAUGCAAGGUUAUUGUCUCAUAAAAAAUUCCUGUCUGCAGACAACAUUCCAGAAAGCGCUAAAUCUGACGUGUCUGCGUUGGAGAGGAAACUAGAAAAGCGAAAAGCUGAAAACCAGCCUAUUACAGAUGUCUUGAAACAGCUCAUACUUGCUCUUUGUGAAGAAGAGAAUAUGCAAAAAGCCCUUGAAGUGAAAGCCAAAUACGAACCGGACAUGGUUGUCGGUGGCUAUGCAGCCUUAAUAAAUUUGUGCUGUCGACAUGAUAAUGUAGAAGAGGCAAUGAACCUGAAAGAAAAAGUCUUCCCUAAGAAUUCACCUGUUGCUCUUGACACUGGAAAGUACGUAGCGUUGGUAGAAGUCUUAGGAAGGCAUGGUAGACUAGAAGAUGCUAUUGACAUUCUAACAGAGAUGAAAGAGAAGGAUGUUCCUAUCUCAGACAGAACAGUUGCAUCUUUUUUCCGCAUUCUUAAUGCCGCAGCCAUGCGAGGUGAAGUUGAAACAGUGAAUCGAUUGCAUGAGACCAUUGUGAACUUGGGGUUGGCAGAAACUGCUGCCCUUCAUUCCCCUCUGAUUACAGUUCACCUUGAAAAGGAUGACAUGCCUGCAGCUCUGGAAGCUUUAGUCAACUGUUAUAAGAAGUAUGGUAAAACUCUUCAGCUUCAUAACAUCUACUGUAGACUGAUAGAAAAAGGAGAUGCUGAUCUUCUGCAAAAGGUUUCAGAUUUUAUAAGCAGAGAAUAUGGUGACAUGAUGGCUCUUUAUGAUCUCUUCUUCGCUUUCUUGCAAACAGGAAAAUACAGAGAGGCCAGGAAGGUCAUUGAGACUCCUGGCUUGAGAGCACAUUCUGGAAGGUUGCAGUGGUUUGCAAAAAGGUGUAUAUCAAGUAAUCAGAUGGAGACUUUGGAACAUUUGGUAGAAUUAACUCAAAAUCUAUUUGAAUGUGAUAGAGAUGAGAUGUACUACUACCUGCUUCAACUGUGUCAGAACAAUGGUGACUGGAGAAAGGCUGAAGCUGUUUGGACUAAAAUGCAAGAGGAAAAUGUUGUUCCUCGUGGGAAAACUCUAACCUUAUUGGCUGAUAUACUUGAGAAAAAUGGCCAGGUUGUUCCAUUUGAGGUACCUAAGGUUAGACACGAAGAUACCCAAAGUUUAAGUGCUUCUAAUGUGGAAGAAAGAAAAAUAAGGAUGCUUUGCAAGAAAAGCAAUGCAAAAGAGGCCUACAAUAUUUUCCUAAAAAUGCAAAGGAAGGAGGAGUUUCAUCAUCGUUCUUAUGACAACCUUAUAAAAGCUUUAUUAACACAAGAUUGUCUUGAUGAAGCCAUUGAAGUGAAACACAUUGCUGAGACCCACAUCAAGGGCUUCACACUGAACAGUGCUGCCAGCAGCCUCCUCAUCAUAUCGCAAGUUAGGCGGGAUUAUUUGAAAGAUGCCAUGGCUGUUUUAAAAGGAGUGCUUGACAGCGGCUUCUUGCCUACUAGAUCAGCAGUUAUUGUGCUCGUUCAGGCUCUGGCGGAAAAAGGAGAUCUAAAGAACCUGCAAGCACUUAAAAACAUGCUGGAAGACAUCACAAAAUCAGUUGAUCUAUCUGCCUCACUACUCGCUAAUGCUAUUGCAUUGGCUCAUACUAAGAACAAUGACCUUGAUGCUGCUGUGGAAUACCUUGAGCCUCUGCUUAUCUCUGGUGCACAGAAUCCUGAUCAAGCUGUCAGAAAUAUUUCCUAUUUGUUAAGAAAGGUGUCUGAGGAAGGAUUAGAAAAAGCUUUGGAAAAAUUUGGUGUGAUGGCAGAACGACUGGCCAGUCAGUUUGGAAUUUACAGACCUGUCACAGAUCUUUUCCUUCAAUAUGUCAGUGCAGACAGAGUGGAUGAUGCCAGAUCGCUGAUACAGAGAUGUGGUGCAUUAGUUGAGGAGAAGAGAACUUUAGUGAGUUUUAUGGCUCGCUCAGCAUCUCAACCUGGACAGGCAAAGAAGAUUGAGACACUUCUAGAACUGAUUCCUGAGUUUCUAGAUACAGAAAUUGGAUACCGUUACCUCCUGAGAUCUUACGAAUCGGAUGGGGAUGUUGCUUCUGUAAAGGCUGUAUAUGAGAAGGCAAAAGCGAAGAAUAUACAGCUGCAUGAGCUAUCUCUGAAAUCUUUAGCAGCUUUUCUGAAAAAAUCAGGAGAGCCUGUCCCUUUCACUGAACCCCCUGAGUCAUUCAGUUUCUAUGUGGAAAAAUGGAGGAAAAGAAGAUUGGAAUCAUCAUGA